ACAAAGGAAAGAAAAUCCAUGAAGAAAGCACAGUGGUGAUGUGAACCUGGGGCUCUUUCUGUGCCCGUGACACUGAAGACUGAGCCCACCUCACUUGUAAUGAAGAUCAAAGCUGAGACAGAAUGUCGGGGUCUCGAGGACCUCACCUUCCCCCACUCCAUCCAGCAGGGACCCUGGCUAGCGUUUCCUCACAGCUCUGACCUGUACCUGGCCGAUGGUGUUUAGUGUGUGUGCCUGCGAGUCAUCUGGGUCAUGUGCAGCAAAUGCAGGUUCCGGGGCCCCCAUUAGGAUCAGAUACAGCAGCUCCCAGGAAGGCCCAGGAACCUGCAUUUAAAAGACCAAUUCGUUCUUUCAGUAAAAAGAUAAUGAAGGCACACGGUAAGAGUAUGGAAUACAAAAGGUUAUACCAUGAAGAAUGAGUUCAAAGGAGGCUACCAGUGUUUCAAGUAUCCUUCUAGAAAUAUAUGCAUAUAUAUGUGGCACAUAUAUACAUAUACACACAUAUUUUUAAAAAAUGCUUGGGAUUGUAUGAUACACAUAUUCUGCCCAUUGCUUUCUCCAUGUGUAAUUGUAUCUUGAAGGUCACUCCAGGUUGGCAUCAAUCCAUCUGCUCUGUGUAUGCAGUGCCUCCUUGGGACACACAGGUGGUCUCGCAUCCAGGUGAGCACGGGGCAGGACCUGGGGCAGGCGGCGCGCUCCCCUCCCGUCUGCUCCUGGGUAGACCCCGCUGCCAGCUCCUCUGCCCCUGCCCCCCUCUGCUGGAGAAGCAGGGUCAGUGGUUCCACGACCCACAGCCGCUCCCCAGCCUCCUGGGGGGAUCCUGGCCAGGCCAACCGUGGAGCAGUGGUCGCCUCAGCUCCCCAGCAUGUUGCCCGGUGGGACAGGGACACCCGAGACGGGGGGCAGAGUGGGCCCCCCUGUGGCCCGGGAACCAUGAACUGUGGCAGAAGCAGCUAGGGAAGCCUCUGAGUUCACGGUCGCUGGACCGGGUCUGGGAAGUCACAGGUCCCACAACAGGCUCGUGGGGCCACUUCCUUCUGAUUUUCAUCCAGCGUCCUCUCACUCCUCGUCCUCCCUUCCCCAGAGGACCUGCAUGUCCCCUUACAAAUGCGCACUGGUCGGUUCCCCAUCUCCACAAACCUCCCCCUCUCCUGCCUGUCGCCUGCAGGCGGCACCCCUCGGGCACUGCCCUGUCCAAGGCUCCCCUCGUGGCCCUCCUUCCAUCCGUGCAGCCCCCGGCAGUGGCUCCAUCACCGUCCCCACCUCGCAGGUACGGCCUGAGGUUCAGCGCCUGGCAAGGACCUGCCGGAGCCCGCAGCCAGCACUGGGACAGUGCGGAUCUAGGCCAGGGCUCCUGGCCCCAGAGGUGCUUCCGCGUGACCCUCAGGCGUGCGGGGCUGGGGAGGCCGAGGAUCACGGCCCCAGAGCCCGGCCGCUCCUGUGCCGCACGUUCCCACAGGGGCUGAGUGCGUCCUUCACGGCCUCUUGUCUGUUCCUGGUAACGUGGCUGUUCCCUCACUGGACAAGAGCGGCUCCGGAAGGUCACAGUGACCUCACUUGGCCCUGCCCGCCUCGCCGCAGCGCGUCACGGCAUUAACCGCCUGUCCUUUCUGAUGCUGGCCCAGCUCUCUGCGGCUACAACCAGAGGCCCCUCCCGCCUCCCCAAAGUUCUCCUGC